CAUAAUGCCACUUAUAGUACUAGAAUUUGAGUCAUUGUGCUUCACAUUAUAACAUGGCCUCUCUUUGUAAUGGAACGACGUUAUGGGACACAAACCUGACCUGGUACAACACAUGGCCUCAGUUCACAGAAUGCUUCCAGUCCACGGUGUUGGUGUGGGUGCCAUGUGGGUGGCUGUGGCUGACGUCACCGUUCUAUCUCUACUACCUCCUGAACGUCACACCGACGCCACUUUCAUCAAGAUAUAAAUUUAUAGCAAAGAUGAUCCUUUGCUCUUGUCUUGUCAUUCUCUCCACAACCCGGCUUAUCGUUGCUGAUGAGGACGUCAACUUCAACACUUUUAAAGCCUUCACCAUCGCACCUGCUGUCCAUACAGUGACUUUUCUGUUUGCUAUACUGCUGCUGCUCCUGGAGAGGAAGAAAGGCCUCAUCACUUCCGGGGUAAUGUUCACCUUCUGGCUGCUGCUCACACUGACUGGCAUCGUCCCCUUCUACUCCAUCAUCAUUCAAGAGCAGGAUAAAAGUGUCUACACAGUAACAUUCUACAUAUAUCAUGGGCUGGUAGUAUCAGAACUGUUCAUCAGCUGUUUUGCAGAAACGCCUUCAGAUUCUUCAAGCCAGGACACGAAACCAUGCACUGAACUACAUUCGUCCUUCCUCUCAAGAAUUACGUUCUGGUGGAUGAACAGGUUAUUGCUCAAGGGCUACCGAAAGUCGUUGACAGAAGCAGACGUCGAUGAUAUUCAUCCAGCUUUAUCGUCUGCCCGCAACACGCCUGGCUUUCUGUCACGGUGGAGCAAACAGACUAGUAAGCCAAGAAGAAGCAAUGAGGGAGACAAGAGAGUGUAUUAUUCAAAAAGACUUAAUGACUCUCUCAGUUUGGAUGCUAGUGAUGAAACAUCCCCUUUGUUGGGAAGUAAAAAUCAACAGAGAAAACAGACGAAGGAGACAGCUUGUGGAAAAGAAAUCUCCCUGGCCAUGACCUUGUGGAAAACGUUCUGGUUCGACUUGAUACAGUUUCAAGUAUGGGUACUUGUGAGCGACUUGCUUAGAUUUGCAAGUCCUUUGAUACUCGGUCUUCUCGUAACCUUCACCACAGACAAGACUAUACCCCUGUGGAAAGGCUACCUUUUGUGCAUUGUCCUCUGUGUAUCCACGUUAACCCAGACAGUCUUUUCUCACGCCAACUGGCACCAAGGGAGAAAGGUGGCACUGCGGAUGGCUGCUGUCAUCAUAUCUGCAAUUUACAGAAAGUCUUUGAGGAUGAGCAACAAGGCCAAGAAAGAGUCGACAACAGGUGGAAUUGUGAACCUGAUGUCUGUGGACGUGGAGCAUAUACGAACCUUUACGAUCUGGAUCUGGGCAGUCUGGGCUAUCCCUAUGAAUGUCGCCAUUGCCCUGUACCUCCUGUACCAGUCUCUGGGAGCCUCCAUGUUCGCUGGGAUGGCGGUGUUAUUUGUGCUGUUGCCCGUCAACACUGUCGCUGUGUUCAUGUUGAGGAAGUAUCAGGCUGAACUGAUGAAGCACAAGGACAAGAGGAUGAAGAUCAUGAAUGAAGUCCUCAACGGAAUCAAGAUACUGAAACUGUAUGCCUGGGAGCCGUCCUUCCAAGAGAAAAUCCUGGCGGUUCGGAAUGAGGAGAUACAGAUUUUGUUGAAGAUGUCUUUCCUGAAGAGUUUUAAUACCUUCACCUGGACUCUCGUUCCUUAUCUUGUGUCUCUUACAACAUUCACGACAUACAUCUUCACUUCUGAAGACCACUACCUCCGGCCUGAGGUCGUCUUCCCGGCCAUUUCACUCUUCAGCAUAAUCAAACUUGCUGUCACGAGAACACCCUCUAUCAUCGCAUACUUAGUUCAGGCUACAGUAUCACUGAAGAGAAUUAACACGUACCUCAACACAGAAGACUUGUCUGAUACCCAAAUCUUAUGGAAUGCCACACAACGUCAUGCACUGACGAUUACAGACGGAUGUUUCCAGUGGAGUUCUGAACUAGGACCAGCUCUUACUAACGUCAAUUUGGCUGUUGUCGAGGGACAACUUUUGGCCAUUGUAGGUCAAGUCGGAUCAGGGAAAUCCUCACUUAUAUCUGCCAUCUUGGGGGAAAUGGACAAGCUCAACGGUCAUGUCAGUGUGAAGAGUCACAUGGCUUACGUGCCCCAAGUUGCGUGGAUCCAGAACGACACCUUGCAGAACAACAUCCUCUUCGGGAAGCCCAUGGACAGACAUUGGUACGACAAAGUGGUAGAGUGCUGCGCUCUGAAUCCAGAUCUGGAGAUGUUACCAGCUGGUGAUAUGACAGAGAUUGGGGAGAGAGGCAUCAACUUGAGUGGAGGACAGAAGCAGAGAGUGUCUCUAGCCAGAGCUGUCUACAACGAUGCUGACAUCUAUCUGCUGGAUGACCCACUCAGUGCUGUCGACAGUCAUGUGGGGAAACACAUCUUUGACAAGGUUAUCAGUAGCGAAGGGUUGCUCGCUGGCAAGACCCGGGUUUUGGUCACUCACGGCAUCCACUGGCUCCCAGAGAUGGACUCUAUCCUCGUGAUGACCAGUGGUCAGAUAUCAGAGAAGGGGACGUAUGAGGAGCUUCUCAAGUCUAACGGGCCAUUUGCCCUGUUUCUACAGACCUAUUUCUUGGAGAGUAAUGAUUCUGAAACUGAACUGAGCGAAAUAAGGAUGCAUGGUCUUCAACACUUAGAAUCAGUUAAAUCAAGUGGGGAGAUGGAUACAGACAAUCUCACUGUCCUGAGUAAACCCCGGAGCAAAGAGGCCAGACAGUCACAACCAGUCAAGGAAGAACAAAGGGUGAAGGAAAAGAGAAAACUGAUUAAGGAAGAGGUGGUGGAGGCUGGCAAGGUUACAAAGGAAGUGUUUCUAACCUACGCCAGGGCUAUAGGACUAUUGCCGAUGCUGGUCGCAUUGGUUAUGUACGCAUUAUUUCAAGCAACCUCCGUAACGUCAACUACAUGGCUCAGCAAAUGGACUGAUGACAGCUCCCUAAAAAUUCUUCCGUCCAACAGCUCACUCCGAAUGGAGAAAAACGAAUACUACAUGGGAAUAUAUGGUGUUUUAGGUCUAGUUCAAACUUCUUUCAUCAUGGUGUUUUCCUUUCUGUGGAAUUUAAGGACAGUAAAAGCAUCUCGUAUUCUCCAUUCAAACAUGCUGGGGAAUGUUUUGAAGGCACCGAUGUCCUUCUUUGACACAACACCAACCGGAAGAAUUGUCAAUCGGUUCUCUCAGGACAUGGAUACCAUCGACAUCAGGAUGCCGACUGCGGUGGAGUAUUCCUUCAACACAAUGUUCCAAGUCCUCAGCAGCAUCAUCAUUAUUUCGUACACUACGCCUAUAUUUCUCGUCGUGGUCAUUCCCCUGAUCAUACUUUACUUCCUUGUACAGCGGUUCUUCGUGACUACCUCUCGCCAACUGAAGAGAUUAGAAGCCAAGACUCGCUCCCCGAUAUACAGCCAUUUUGGGGAGACGUUAUCAGGAGCCAGUGUUAUCAGAUCGUUCCAAGCUCAGUCGAGGUUCAUCAAGGAAUCAGAAGACAGAGUGGACGCAAACCAGAGGUUCUCCUUUUACUCAUUUUGUGCUCUCAGAUGGCAAGGUGUCCGUCUGGAGAUUAUUGGAAAUAUCAUCGUCCUGGCCGCCUCCCUGUUUGCCGUCAUAUCACGUGACACUCUGUCAGGAGGUCUUGUGGGCUUGUCGAUCUCAUAUGCUAUUGAGAUAACCGCAAACCUCAACUGGAUGGUGCAACUGGUUUCAGAAGUAGAGACUCAGAUCGUUACGGUGGAGAGGGUCAAACAGUAUACAGAAAUACAUUCAGAGCCAGCAUGGGACAUACCCGAGAGACGUCCAAAUCACGACUGGCCAGACUCAGGAAUGGUGACGUUCCUCGACUACUCAACUCGGUAUAGAGAAGGCCUUGAUCUUGUUCUCAAGGGAAUCACGUGCACUGUGCAUUCUAGGGAAAAGGUGGGCAUCGUAGGCAGGACGGGAGCGGGGAAGUCCUCUCUGACUCUGUCCCUGUUCCGGUUGAUAGAGGCUGCAGGAGGGGAGAUCAACAUAGAUGGCGUUGACGUCAGUACACUCGGGCUGCAUGAUCUCAGGAGCAAACUUACCAUACUACCUCAGGAUCCUGUAUUAUUUGCUGGAAAUCUGCGAGGAAAUGUUGACCCCUUCAACCAGUAUUCAGACAAUCAGAUCUGGCAGGCACUAGAACAUGCUCAUCUCAAGACGUUUGUGGAGACUCUUCCUAACGGACUGGAACACGAGUGUAGCGAAGGAGGGGAAAACAUGAGCGUAGGUCAGCGACAGCUCUUGUGUCUGGCCAGAGCUCUUCUGAAGAAGACCAGGAUCCUGGUACUGGACGAGGCUACAGCUGCCGUUGACAUGGAAACAGAUGACCUGAUCCAGCAGACCAUCAGGUCAGAGUUCAAGGACUGCACUGUGCUAACUAUCGCCCACAGACUCAACACCGUAAUGGACUCUGACAGGAUCCUUGUCCUUGACAACGGAUGUGUGUGUGAGUUUGACACACCCUCCUCCCUGCUGCAACAGCCUGAUAGCAUCUUCUACAACAUGGCCAAAGCUGCAGGGUUGACAUAAUACAUAUCAUUUGGGUUUAAUAUAUUGUAUAUUGAUUAUUUAACUACAAAAUAAACAUCA